UUGAAGGCACUUGACGUCGUCCAACCGGAUGGUCCAUCAUUUGAAGUAACGGGAAAUUUGGUAACCUGGCAGAAGUGGUCUUUUCGAGUGGGAUUCAACUACCGCGAAGGCUUGGUUCUGCAUGACGUUCGCUACGCAGGACGUCCGAUUUUGCAUCGCGCGUCACUCGUCGAAAUGGCCGUUCCGUACGGUGAUCCUUAUCCGCCUCAUCACCGAAAGUGUGCUUUUGAUGUUGGUGACUACGGAUUAGGAUAUUGUGCGAACUCUCUCGAAUUGGGGUGUGAUUGUCUUGGACACAUUCAUUACUUUGACGCCGUGCUGCCAGAUUCGUCUGGAACGCCCUAUGUGAAGAAAAAGGCGAUUUGCAUGCAUGAGGAAGACCAAGGUAUAUUGUGGAAGCAUGUCGAGUAUCGGAAUGGACAUAGUGAAUCGCGUCGGUCUCGUGAAUUGGUCAUUAGCUCGAUUGCAACGGUAGUCAAUUACGAGUAUUUGUUCUAUUGGAGGUUCAAACAGGAUGGUAUGAUCGAUUUCGAAAUUAAGCUAUCAGGCGAGUUAUCAACCAAUCUACCAUCCAUGGAAGAAGACGGCUUGCCGACACACGGAGUGAUGGUAUCUCCUGGUGUGAAUUCUCAAGUGCAUCAGCACAUGUUUUGCGCCCGGCUGGACAUGGCAGUCGACGGGCAAAAGAACUCGGUCUCCGAAAUCGACGUAGUGGCACAGCCUCUUCAUCCGAAGAAAAAUCCAUAUGGUAAUGCGUUUAUGGCAGUAGAGAACAAACUGGAGACAGAAAAGGCCGCUGUACGAACUGCGGAUUCCAAUAAAGCAAGAGUUUGGAAAGUUUCGAAUUCUUCUGGAGUCACAAAUCGUAUCACUGGAAAACCUACGGCCUACAAAUUGGUUCCUUUUACUCGCGGACCAGCGCACCCAAUAAUGCUAGUAGACCCGUCAUCGGCUGUGGCAAAGAAAGGCGCCUUUGCACAGGCGCAUCUUUGGGUAACGCCCCAUGCGGAUGACGAACGCUACCCGUCUGGCGAGUACACACCGCAAGGAGACGGAUCGGUUGGACUUCCAGAUUGGACGGCCGGCAACCGCAACGUGGCUGAAGAAGAUAUCGUACUAUGGCAUGCUUUCGGUGUUUGCCACCUUCCGCGAGUGGAAGACUUUCCGGUGAUGCCGUGCGAAAUAACCGGGUUUAGCCUUAAACCUGAAAAUUUCUUCGAUGGCAAUCCAGCAAUUGAUCUUCCU